AUGAGACGCACUUUGAUCCACGAGGCUGAUCCGCGCACGUUCUGGCAAAGAUUUCCCGAGAAAGAGGAAUUGAAUCAAUAUUGGUACUCGGCGGAUACGGUGGCUGCACUUGCUAAGGAAGCUAUCGAAGAGACGCCAGAACAAAGUGGCCGAAUUGCUUUCCUGUCGACUCCGAGCGUCUACUUUGCUUGUCGGAAUCAGCAAAGAGAUGACCUCACUACGCGCGAGUGCUUUCUCUUUGAUUUUGAUUCCAAAUUUGCGCCAGAAGGUAGAUUCUUCGUUCCAUUCGACUUUAAGAAGCCCGAGAAUGUGCCGGAAAAGCUUGCAGGCACUUUUGAUUUUGUCAUAGUAGACCCUCCUUUUGUCACUCAUGAAGUCUGGGAACUCUAUGCAAAAACCAUCAAGCUGCUUUUGCGCUCAAAAAACAGCAAAGUCCUCCUUACUACAAUUGAAGAGAAUGCGACAGUGAUAUAUAAUUUGUUAGGCUGCCGCUUGCGAACUUUCAAACCAUCUAUCCCGCAUCUUGUUUAUCAGUAUGCCAUUUACACCAACUACGAAUCACCUUCACUCGACAUUGUAAAUCCUGAGAUCUCCAUAUAG